AUGAAGGCGCGGGUGGAUCACGGGUUCUCCAGCUAUCUGCGCUCCCCAGGCGCCCUGUUCACCUUGCUCCUUAAUGAGAGAGGGGCGGGCGGUACCGUGCGCCUAGCGGCCCUACAGGGGGCGAGGAGGAGCCGUAGUAGGUUCGCGGACCGGGAGCCCCGGGAGCCUCGCCGGGAGAGGAAAGGCCAGGCUCAUCCACGGCUUGAGGGCAGCAGAGCGCGGGAAUGGCCACCCGAUGAGGCCGGAGCGCCCGAGGACGCUGGCGCUUCCCUGGAGCAGAGCCUGGGCGGCGCUGGCCAAAGUUUGGGGAGUCAGCGGCGGGACGCGAGGGACACGGACGCGACGGCUCGACGGGCGCCAGACGCGAAAGCCUCGGCGGAUCCGCGGGUCAGAAGGCUGCUGCGCGGAUGCCGGGUCCCAGCGCUGGCAGCGGCUUUGACUAAAAUAGGCAUAGCGGAGACCGCAGCCAGGGCUGGGGCCGCACCGCGCACGCGCCCGGCGCCCCGGCGCCCCCCGGCGGGCGGAGUCCCCGGCCUUGGCCAGGACUCCCCGCCCGGCUCUUCCAAGUCGCCGCCGCGUCUGCACAAGCGUGGUACAUUUGAAACACCCGCUUCUUUCUUUCCUGGUUUCCUCCCUACUUCUCGGUUCUGUCCUUGUUUGGGCAUGAGUGGGGGGCGAGGAGCGUUUUGGGGUCAGCGGCGUUGGUUGCUCAUCUCCGUGGGGAUAACUCGAGCAACAGGGUUCUCGCAGAGAGAGCAAUCAGGAAUAGAAGAACUAGAUCCUUCUUUUCCCCACAAAAUCAAACGACCCAUUCGCACAAUUCCUUUCUGGGACAAACGCCAGCAUCUCCGCACAAGCCGGAAGAACCGGGAGAGUGCGCAAUCGGCGUCCGAGCAUGGCAGCGAAGGUUGGCCGUUUGGUCCACAGGGACGCGGGACAGCGCCUCCGGGGACCCGGCAAGGAGCGGGAGCAAGCCAGCCCUGCUGCUGCAGGGGCACUUGGAAGGGCGCGUCGACCUGAGCCACGGUUUUAUUUCCAUAGAAGGAGGAUACUUAUCCGAAAUUUACAUUCUCGUGGAGGCGCCUGGCCCUCAGCUGUAGGCAAAGCUCCAUCUGAAUCUGGCACGUGUGUUUGGCAUUGAAAACCAAGACCAUAUGAAUUUCUUCAUUGUGUGACCUGGUCACUAACCAAAAACGAAUGAUUGAGAGAAGUAAACAGAAAUGAGCCAAUCCCCAGUGGAAAUGGGAAUCAGAGCAACUGAUCUGAACUCCAGAGACUCCUCUUUCCCCUCCAUCUCAAAGUUUCACCAUAAACCAGUGAGAGGUGGGAACUGGCAAAAUGCAAUACCUAAUCAUACAAUGUGUUGAGCCUGCACCAUGGGCCAGGUACUCUGCUGGGAUCAUGCACACAAAAUUUAAAGUUAUUUUGUUCUAUUUCUAUGACAAAAUGCCAUUGGAAAUUUAAUCAGGAUUGCAUUGAAUCUGUGGAUUUCCUUAGGAUUCUUCCAAUCCAAGAACACAUUAUAUCUUUCCAUCUGUAUUGACUUCAGUUUCUUUCGUCAAUAUCUUACAGUUUUUGGAGAAGAGGUCUUUUGCUUAUUUAGGUAAGUCUGUUUCUAGCUAUUUUAUUCUUUUUGAUGCCAUGGUAAACAGGAUUGUUUCUUUAGUUUGUCUUUCUGAUAUUUCAUUGUUAGUGUAUAGAAAUGCAGUGUAUUAAUUUUUAAUCCAGCAACUUUACUGAAUUCAUGGAUGAGCUCUAGUGGUUUUCUGAUAGCAUCUUUAGGAUUUUCUAUGUAUAACACCACAUCAUCUGUAAGCAGUGAUAGUUUUCCUUCUUUUCCAAUUUGGGUUUCUUUUAUUUCUUUUUCUUUUCUGUUUACUGUGCCUAGAACUUCCAAAACUAUGUUGCUAUUAUUUCAACAAUAUCCAAAUCAAAGAGAAAUGCAAACCAAAAUUACAAUGAGAUAUCACCUUAUGCUGGUCAGGAUGGCCAUCAUCAAA